GCAGAAACUUGAUUAUUGGAAAGCUUUUAAAUAAAAUAAAAUAAUAGGAAAAGUGUCCCGUUCGGCCACUUCCCCUCGCAUGAGUGUCGCGUCAGUGUAGUCGAGACCGCCGGUGAGGAUGAAAUAAAUGGAUUGCUGCUAUGUGUAGGAUCACAACUCUCAUAUGGCCGGGCUCUUUCUAUCAAGACACAAUAAACUUGUGAAAGCUUCUGAUGAGGACUACCUAUGAGGAAAGGGAAAAAAUCUAUACGAGAUUCAUACAUGUGCUAAGUAAAUGUGCUCAAUGGGAAACCAUUGACUGCAAGGAUUACGCUAAACUGCGUCUCAAGGAACAGUUGUGGAGGUGCCGGCAACAGCAACUGGGAGAUGAAUUUAAGUGUAGGACGGAUGACAUGCGGUGGUGUUAAACAUGAGAAUUAAAGGUAUCUGUAUACAUUGUGAAGUUUUGCGGUAUAAACCCUUAUCCACAAAGCCACUGGGGUGCGGACGUGGCACCAAAAUGGUACUCUUAUUUGCUCCAGACACUAAUUGAAAACACGAAUGUGGGUGUGGUAGGAAGAGAUGACGGCGACUGUAGUAUCCCCUGUGAUAUCUCUGCACGUCAUCCUGUCCAGCUACUUCUCCGUUUUGGUCGAUAGAGGAAAAAUGAAGCGAGUUUCCGGACCCUCAUAGCGAUGAGGGGUGUGUUAUCAGCAGCCCUAGUGCAUGUAACGGUUCUGUGAAUGGUAGUUAUUCCAAUCUAGUGUAUAAUUCUUGUGUUUACAAGAAUAGCCACUUGCUCAGUUGAGGUAAUAGUGAGGGAAGCCUCGCAGAGUCCCUGUUUGAGGCUAGAACAGACAAACAUGUCCUCUAUGAAACCAUAACGAAGCGGUAGUCUACUGCUAAGCAAAUGUCGCGGGCUCAUGUUUUUCUCUUUUUGAGGAAAAGAAUAAACCAAGGAGGAUAUAUCAAUAAUGUAUGCGUGGAGUAUAUUCUGAGACUACUACUUUUUCACAUACAGUAGUCUUUUAUCGAUGUAUGUGUUCUUAGUAAUUGAACGUAUUUGAUCGUCCUUAUCCGUCAAAGGAAGAAAUUUACUUAACGUUGCUGCUUAUGAUUCGCUGAUUAGUGUCACCUUCUACUAUAUCUUUGCUCUGUAUGUAAAAUGAAAAGUUGAAAAAAUACGAAAUGUCUUCCAUAAACCUUUUUAACAUAUCCAAA